AUGUUUGCUGUUGUCGUGACGGACGACCUGUGGGUCAUCACGGACGACAUGAAGGUCCUGAACGAGAGCAUGUGGGCGGCGUCGGUGCGGGAGCGGCUCAAGCUGUUCGAGCGCUCCCUCAUCAGCGCCAUCAAGAACGACGGCUGGGACGGCUCCGAGGACCUCAACACGCAGCAGUGGACCUUCGCCGGCGCCCUCUUCUACUCCAUCAUCCUCAUCACCACCAUCGUCACCAUCGGAACCACCAUCAUCAGCGCAUCCAUAACCACUAAUACCAUCACCAUCAUUACCACCACCAGUACCGCCAUGACCAUCACCGCCAGCACUAUCGCCAUCAUCACCAGCACCACCUGUCCUCCCUCCCUACACUAUUUCUUCUCCACAACGACGCUAACAUCAUCCAAGACGCCGCGUCUCUGCCUCUCUCCUACACAAAGCUUUUCAUAA